ACGCGCGCUUGUACUGCAAUUAGGCCGAUCAAAGGGGGCAUAGUCUGGUGUGGAGGCGGAGCAUGGGCUUGGUGCUGCACCCCCACAACGACGCUCGCAUACGCUAACCAUGCGCUAUGACUGGGAACGAUACAGCAGACAAGGCAUCGACGUGGCUUCAACACUCACCGCGCUCGCCUUUUCUGCUGUAAGAACGACUACAAAGUUCGGGUUUUCGCUCGUCCGCAACGUCGCAUCUAGUACCGUCGGUGCAACGGCCAAUGCUCUUGAUUACACUGUGUUCGGCAACAACGUCACCGCCCCAGUCAUUGAAGGGGCCGUUGCCAGCGCCAUAAACUUUGCAGAGGCGCUUACCCUUGCGCCGAUUUUUCUUGGUGAAUAUAUAUCCGCUGCCUCUCUACGGGUGGCACACAGCUCCAUCGAUAUCCUUUCGAUCAUAUUCUCUGGCAGCACUGAGGCUUCCUUUUCAUUGGUCUCUUUUAUUCAUCUGGUGAAACGAGAAUGGUACAACCCAGCGGCGCCAAAGGGGAGCAUACCCAGGAAGAAUUACGGCAUAAGAGAGGUCGGAAAGGCCAUCGUCGCUUGGGUAGCACUUCAAGGCGUGACCCAGGAGUGGCACGAAAAAGAGUGGAAGAACUCUCUACGCGAAAUCGAGGUGCACGAUCCACAUAGUGGACCACAACUCAAACGUGUGCCGUCGCGUGUCCGUGUCACUUCCGACGUCAUCUUCCCAGGAAACCGUGGCCAGCUCAUUUCCGCAGAUAUCGGAGAGGCUCCCCCAGGUACCCAGAAUACCCGCAAGCGAUCCUUGAGUGUUCUCUCCCGUGUUUCGUUUUCAUCCAUGUCGACUGUUAGGCGAAAGGAUAAAGAAGACCUCUUUGAGCGGCCACAGAAAUCAAUAGACGAGAUUAAAUCAAAUUUACGACGCUUCUCGAAAAUGGUUUUAGCGGGGUACGGCGGUGCCAGUCUGUUGUUCUUCGGGGUUUCACCCUGGCUCACUUCAACAUCGAACCGAAUAACGCCCCCUACCACAAGAAACCAGAAAGAAGUGGAAGAGGCUCAGUUGGAAAGUGCUAUCAAUGCUGCAGAAGCAGAGGCUGAAGGCGAUUCUUCAUACCCUUCCUCGACGCCCGAUAAUUUGGAAUUUUCGUGGUGGGAUAUCCUAAUGGGAAAGCAUGAUAAGGAAAUAUUUGAGAGGUCUGUGCAUGGCGAUACUCCGAAUACCCGGGACGUGCGGGCCCGCGUCCGCGCAACAGCAGUCAUUGGUAUCGAACGGCAGAUGCCAAGAUUUUGGGUGCUCACAGACCACGACAGACGUCAGGUCGUUCUCGUUCUUCGAGGCACCAUGUCCCUGAACGAGCUAGCAGUUGACCUGACUUGUGUACCUGUCGAAUUUAUACCUUCAUGGAGCGUGUCGGGAGAAGACAAGUAUCAUCACGAUACCCAUAGCCCUAGCGAUAACAAAGUACCGGCUGCGAAUGCAGGGCGACCACAGCUUCCCAGAAGGCCGUCGUUGAGGUCAUACCCGUCAUUAGAUAGACGUCCGCGAUACCAUGUUCACGGUGGGAUGCUUCGCAUGGCGCGUGUGAUGGGUGAAAUUGGAAAGCCUGUACACCGUGCUGUAGCGAACGCUCUCAGCCGAAACCCUGGUUAUGAAUUGAUUCUCUGUGGGCACAGCCUCGGAGCGGGGGUUGCUACAUUACUCGCUCUGAUGUGGGCAGAUCCGACAACGUGCUUGACCAUUCCUUCGAGUGGAUUGCCAGCCGACUGUCCCGUAUUCGUCUAUGCAUUCGCUCCUCCGUGCCUUACGGAUGCAACACUGAGCCACUUGGCGUCGAACUUGGUAGUCUCGUUUGUAUAUUCGGACGAUGUUGUAUCCAGGCUCUCGUUGGGAUCCGUCCGGGACAUCCGGAAUGCGGCUUUGUUACUUUGUGACGCGAAUGAAAGAGGGGAGGAGGGGUACUCAGUCACUACGCAACGAGCCAGGGAAUGGAAAAGCGGGAAAGGGUCCGAUGAUGAUUUUCGAUGGUUUCUGGCGAUGCGUAGGACGCUCGAGGCCAAUAUGCAUAUGGCAGAUCUCUUUCCACCAGGUCGCGUCUUCUGGGCGCGUAGAGAGGGAGAUCUCCCACCUUCCCAAAGACUGACAACUUCGACGGACAAAGUUAGGCUUUUCGAGGUGCUGGAUACCGAAAAUGUCUUUUCACAGAUUGUCUUUUCACGUAGCAUGUUGGGUGCUCAUAUGCCGCACAGAUACGAUCAAGUUUUACAUGAACUGCUAUGACUUCUUGGUCUAGAGUGGGUCCACGAGAUCCUCACCGAGUUAUCUGUAUAUCGCUGAGAUUCAUUACACAUUCCACGGUCGUUACUACUAAUUUACGACGCAUGUAAUACCAAGUACCCCGAAGCAAACCAAGCGACGGGAUACACCGUGUACAUAUAACUGUAACUUUCUUGUCGUUCAACUGAUUCGAUGUUUCGAACGAAUUCAGCCG